AUGUCAGACAAUAAGAGCGAUAUUCCAAUUGUCAAAUCAUUGAUUUUACCCCAAUGCAGACAUAUGAUUUGUGGAGGCUUUCCUUUUGCUAUGCUUUUCUCAAUGCCUUUUAUUCUUAUUUUUUCAUACUACAACACACAAAAUCAGAAACCUUUCAUGAAGUGAAAUGCGAAAUCUUUUGGCAAAGAUAUUUUAUUAGGCUGGACAAUAGCAAUUUCAUAUGUCUCCCUAAUCCCCUUUCUGUAAAAAAAAAACAGUAUUAUUAAUUAUUUUUACUGUAAGCGAAUUUUUGUUCAAUGAAUUAUUAGUUUAUAAUGAUUUUUCGUUGAAUUAGUAAAUUUAUAUUCUAUAUAAAGUAUUGCAAUUUCCCGUGAUGGAGCUGUUUUCGCCUUGGUUUUCCCACUGAAAAAUUUUUUGGUUCGACCAGUACCAUAUGGUUUGGUAGUGUGAAAAUCAAGGCCAAAAUAGCGCCAUCCAUGGGAAAAUACCAUAUCUAGAAUCAGCAAGUUUUAAUUAAAACUAGUGAUUAAAUAUAUGUCGAAAUAUUAUAUACAAGAAAUUUGUUCCUAUACCAAUGAUUUUUAGGAUUUUCCCUAUAUAUUUUGUUAAUUCUAUUAAAAGGGCUAAGAACCUUAUUUUUCGACCCAUAUUGUGAUCCAAAAUCAAUUCAUUAUGAUAAGAAUCUCAAUGCUUUUGAAAGAAAGAAAAAGGCAUUUGAUGAGGUACAAAAUAUUUUGAGAAGUGAAGGGAAAAGAGAGUAA